AUGGCGCUCCCCGCAACCACUCCUUCCGCCCACUCCUCCGCGUUCGGCUCGCCCGCCACGGCAUCCGCCUCGCGGCCUUCGCGGCGGGUCAAGCGGGGGGAGUUCGGGCGACGCCUUGUGGUGAUCGGCGUGGGCGCAUUCCUGCUGCUGUGGCUCGCCACGUGGCUUGCCGACGACUGGGACGCCGGCUUCGGAGAUCCUGGCCACGUGGCGCCUCAGAACGAUGACGGUGACGGGGACGGUGACGUGGCUGUCCCGGGCAGCAUUCCGCAAUCCCCGCCGCGAUUCAUUCUGUACCGGAUGAUCGGGAACGAUAUCCCGCCGCUACAGUGCGACGGGCAGCUGUACGAGAACACGCUGUACGCGUUACAGCACGAGCCGCGGCGGCUGGCGGGGUGCCGGCGCGUGUGGGUGGUGAACAACGUGGUGAACGAAACUUCGGAGCAACUGGUGGUGCGCGCGCUCAAGGCGCACGGGUAUGGCGACGAGUGUGCAUCUGUGUACCGAUGCACCCAUGCACGCACCCACUGCGGCCACUCAACCCAGCAACAUUGGAUGAUGGCACAUGACGUGUGUAUCAUCAUCGACCCAGCACACUACUGCGUGGCACGGCGCUGGCCAUGGCGCCUAGUCAACGCAGCUCUCAUUGCAUCUCCUCUGCUCGGCGCAUUCCUGUCCUCACCUCAGCUUCCUCCUUCCCAUCCACCCACCCACCACCUCCCCUUUUCUCUCCCCCUUCUAUUUCUCCCCCCCACCUCUCCUCUCCCCCAAUUCCCAUUCCUACCUGUUCUUCCUGCCCUCUUUCUUCCUCUCGCCACAGUUUGGCCCUUCUCCUCACCAAUCCAUACCUCUCACCGUCCCCACUGGCCAAUCAAUCCCGUGCCAUGUCCCGUGCACCACGCGCUGUGUGCCGUCCAUCAGGACAUCAUAGUGCGACGAAUCAACUACAGCCACGUGGCCCAGCUUCCCGAGGACCAAUGGGGUGCAGCCGUGUCAGGCGCGCAACACAAUGCUGGAGCACGGGAGGGCGGCGGGGGCGAGUCCCAUGUUCCCUUCCCUCUCUUCCCAACCCGUCUCCCGUCUACCCUCUGUGCAGCGCAGAAUGAGGCGCGCAACGCGAUGCUGGAGCACGGGCAGGCAUCUGGAGCGAGGUGGAUCCUGCCGUGGGACGGCAACCAGUUCGUCACGCGCGAGGCAUGGCACCGCAUCGUCGCCGCAGCUGACCGCUACGAGGCCCAGGGCCUCACUGUCUUCAAGGUGGCGAUGGUGAAGGUGCAGAGCCUGCAGCACCCAGCAUGGCUGAACGCCUCGUCGCUCUUCCGCAACAUCCGCCCGCACGCCCCCGGGCAGUGGGAGAGCCAAGUGGCCUUCCGCAACGACUCCCCCCACCGCUUCAAACAAGGGGUGGCGUACGGCGAUGCCAACAAGCUAGAGGCGCUCAUCCGAGUGUGUGGCUCAGGGUGCUUCUGGAUGUGGCCCGAGCUCCUUAAAGCCCUGCACCUGCUGCAGCGGCCCCCUACCUGGGCUCCGUGCCGCGAGUUUUUUGCUGACACAGGGGAGUGUGGCUGCCAGGCUGCCAUCGGCAGGGACUACCACGAGAGGAGAGUGUCUGUGCGCACGGCGCUGCAGUGCGGGUACUCCGUGCGCCUCUGGUACCAUCCCUGCCCUGGGAUUGAUAUCAAGAAGGCGUUUCGCAGCACAGCGUACAGGACAGAGUUGAGAGCGCGAGGGAGGGAGAUGUUUCAGGAGCAGAUUCGAGCGGCUAUGGCGAGGCAUGGGGUGCUGCCGGUGAUGGGAAAGGCGGACGGUGGGGAAUUAUGA